CAUCAGUCCGCGUGAAGCUCUUCAAUCGAUAAACAAGACCAUUAGAAAAGGUUCAGAUGUGUGAGGGGCCUUCAUCAAUAUCAGGGCCAAUCCCGCCGGACCCCUCUCUGUUUCCACAGUACUACAAACGGCCUGCUUCAGCGCGUGGCCGUAUAGAGGGAAAUCAGGAUGGGACCUUGGCCUUGCUGUCAGGGCCACUAGCUCCAGAUCCUGUGCUGCACCCCGGCUGCUACAGUGCUCGUGUCCCAGCACCUCGCCCUCGAAUUAGUCCUAAUGCCACGCAUAUUCUUGAGCGAGGACGCAAAGGCAUUGUGGGAGAUCUACUCAAACUUGAGGGCUUGUCUAUAACCCCAGUUCCCAGACAGAAACAGAGAGUGCAUGACUUUGGUAAAGAGAAUGUCCGUCGACUUCGUGAGAUCCAGAAACGCUGCAAAGAGCAAGAGGCCAAGAGAGCACAGUCUCAUCCUGAGCCAGUCAAAGCCCUCUGGACCUCCUCAAAAUACCAGAAUGUUCCGUCCAGGGUGAUGGCCCAACUACAGGUUUGUAGUCCAAGUGUUAGGCCACAGUGUCAAAACUUCCUGAAGGCCCACUCAUAUGGUGUGCCAAGACAACAAUCCAGAACUUCAUCCGAAGCUCCGCAACGCCGGGCCUCCCUCAGCUCAACAAAUGACCAAGAGUUAAAAUUGCAAGUUCAAGGUCAGGCAAUUGACUUUAUAAAACAUAAUGCCAGGGCUGCAGGAAAAACUGUGUUCCGCCGCUCACAGUCACUGACCAACCUCAAAGACAUGCCUGUUCCCAGUGCAGUCAUAGGCCAGGUGCCUCACUACCUUGAAGAAAGGAAGGAACAAUGGCGUAAAGAGGCAGAGGAGAGGAGAAAAAAUAGGCCAGAUCCUACGAUCCCACCUGGUCACACCCUGAUGCCUGAGAGUGAGAGACAGGGAACACUGAAGACCCUGAACGAGGCUCAUCGCUCCUUGGUGACUGAGCUGCUUUCGCUGCCCCUCAAAGCUGACAAUCUGAGUGUCCGCUCGCGUCGUGCUCACCUCGAUUGUCGGCUUUCUGAAAUUGAAGAGGCCAUAAAAAUUUUCUCCCGAGACAAAGUUUACAUAAAAAUAGAUUCCUAACAAAUCUGUAAGAAGAGAAGAUGAAACAACCAUAAAGGGAAGAAAUCCUGUUGAUCCACUGCUUUGGAGAUUCAUUUUAAUUGAAUUAAGAUGACACUGAAAUUUUUGUAAGAUGAGUGUUUUGAUGUUAUGGAUGCAAUUUAUAAA